AUGGAUCGCCACGUGUACGCUCUGGAUUUCGACGGCGUUCUGUGCGACAGUUGCGGAGAGAGCUCGCUGUCCGCCGUGAAGGUGAGGCGCGGCGAUCCCGAGGGAGGUAGCGCGGAUCGACGUCUGGCAGCCAAGUUGCGGUGGCCGUCACUCUUUGCUGACGUGUCUGCUGACGUGGAGGGGACGAUUCUGAAGCAGAUGAGAGAGGUGCGGCCUGUGGUGGAGACGGGGUAUGAGAACAUUCUGCUGGUGCGUCUGCUGCUGGAGAUGGCAUGUGAAGACAAGCGCCAGUCCCAGGUGAAAGGCACAGAAGAAACUUCCACGCAUUCCUUCCUGGCGCUGGCGUGGCUCUCAUCACUCCCCUCACUCUCCUCUCUACCAUUGCUCCCCUCACUCUCCUCGCUUCCCUCUCUACCAUUGCUCCCCUCACUCCCCUCGCUUCCCUCUCAUCAGCUGUCCAAGUCAGGCAAACUCAACCUACAGGCGAUCCUGAGCGGGUGGGAGGGGGAGAUCAAGCCAGCAGUGAUGGCGGAGUGGGGCGAGGAGGGGCGGAGGGAGGAGCUAGUGGAGCUGUUUGGGGCGGUGAGGGACGAGUGGAUGCGCCACGACCUGCCUGGGUGGAUUGCCGCCAAUGCCAUGUAUGCCGGCGUGCCUGAGGCACUUCAGAAGGCAGAGUCUCCGUUGUAUAUAGUCACCACAAAGCAGACCCGAUUUGCCCUUGCGCUGCUGCGCGAAUUAGCGGGCGUUGAUUUCCCAGAAGAUAAGGUCUUCGGGCUUGGUACCGGCUUUGUGGAGGAUCGACUAGCCACGCUGCGCAAUGUCAUCAGCACACCACAAUUGGAUGGCUGGCAUCUGUACCUAGGCACAUGGGGCUACAACACAGAGCAGGAGAGGCAAGAUGCAGCACAGAUUCCCAGAAUCCAGAUAGUUGACCUGCCUGACUUCUGCGGCAGCCUGGAAUGA